AUGAGGUCACCAAAGGUGGCUUUCGAGGCAGUGAGAGUCGCAGACAAGGCAGCUGCCGAGAAAGGCGCCACCGAAAUUGAGAUGUACCAUUACGACGUGGCAGUUGGCGAUCCAUUGAAGGUAGUUGAAUAUCAUUGGUCACCCACUGACCCUCUGCUUGUCUUUGCAUAUCACCGUUUGGUAGGUGAUGGGUGGACUACCGAACAUGCGUUCGUGGAAGUUGGUCAAAUAUAUCAGGGCAUGGAGCUCGAAUCGCCUCAGAGCUAUGCCGAUUUGCCCUUUGUCAGAGAAAGGGGCUAG